AUGUCUAGAACACAAGGAAAAUUAUCAAAUCAUCAAAUAAAAGAAUUACGUGAUACAUUCAAUCUUUUUGAUCGUGAUCGAAGUGGAACAAUAUCAUCAUCUGAACUUCAACAAGUAUUAACUGCUUUAAAUUUUAAACCAACAGAUAGUUUACUUCGAAAAAUCAUGAAAGAAAUGGAUAUUGAUGGUAAUGGUACUAUUGAAUUUGAAGAAUUUAUUAGAGUAAUGGGAAGUGUUUAUGAACGAAAAUUUACAGAAAAUGAAAUGCGUCAAGCAUUUAAAUGUUUCGAUACAGAUAAUUCUGGUUAUAUUACAGUUGAAGAAUUACGUAAAGUUUUACGUCAAUUAAAUCAAAAUAUAAGUGAACAACGAAUUAUUGAUGCUUUAGCUCAAAUAGAUAUUGAUCAUGAUGGAAAAAUUAGUUUUGAAGAAUUUGUACAUCUAUUUGAAGAACAUAAAUAUAUAUUAAUUAGUACAAUGCCAAUACAAUUGUCAGAUUUUCAAAAGAUCGGUCUCGGUCUGUCAAUAUUUGGUGUUGGUUUUAUUUUUUUUGGUAUGAUUUUAUUAUUUGAUAAAGGUUUACUUGCAGUUGGAAAUAUUUUAUUUCUUGCUGGUUUAAGUAUGAUUAUUGGAUUUGAACGUACAUUUCGAUUUUUUUUUCAACGUACAAAAAUUAAGGCUACAUUUCUUUUUUUUGGUGGUAUUACAGUUGUUUUAAUUGGUUGGCCAUUGAUUGGAAUGAUUUUUGAAUUAUAUGGAUUUUUUCUUCUAUUUGGCGGUUUCAUUCCUAUUGCAAUUAAUUUUCUUCGACGUUUGCCAAUUAUCGGUUCAAUUUUAUUAUUACCCGGUAUUCGACAAGUUGUCGAUAGAUUAUGUGAAAGUCGAUCAAUGGUAUAA